GGCUGUCAUUUUUGUUCCACACAGGCUUCCGUAGUAGCAGGAAGCAGUUCCGUCGUCGUUUUGAGACCUUUCGUGGUCCUGUUUUCAGCUAAUUUGUGAAAGGGAAUAAGAGUUUUUGCUGAGGUUAGUGAUGGGUGACAUCCGUCAGUCAUUGCUGCCUCGGGAUGUGCUGAGUGCAGCCAAGGAGCUGCUGUACCACCUGGACAUUUACAUCUGUAACCUGGUGCAGUCUGGGAGGCAGCCUCCUCAGGUUGACUCAAAAACCCUGGAGCUGGUUGAGGAGUUCAUUCUACAUGCACCCAAAGAUAGAAACACCCCAGCCAGGAGAAUGAGUGCUCUUCAGGAGCUCCAGCUGUUGGAGAUCAUGUGCAGCUGUUUUCAGGAGCAAAGUCGUGAUGCUGUCCGUCAACUUAUGUUUGCUGCCCUUUUUAAUCUCCAAGGCAACCAGGCAGAUGAAAGCCGCAUGGCACUGCUGGGCAAAUUGGUCUCCAUGGCUAUUGCUGUGAGCAGGGUUCCUAUCCUGGAAUGUGCUGCUACCUGGUUGCAGAGAACCCAUCGUGUGUACUGCGUACGCUUGGCACAGGUGCUGGUAGAUGAUUACUGUAGUAUGGUCCCAGGCUCUGUGCCCACCCUGCAGAAUAUCCACAGUGCAAGCCCGCGCUUCUGCUGCCAGUUCAUCACUGCUGUCACCACUCUUUAUGACUUCACCUCAGAGGAGCUCACCCCCCCACUCGAACUCCUCCAGAUGAUCGUAUCGUGGAUCCAAGAUGACCCUCGUCUAGUCCUGAUCACCUUCCUGAACUCGCCCAUUUCCGGCAGCCAACCAAUCACCUCGCUCGAUGUCACACCGUUAGGGGGUUUGGUGCGUUGGUGCAUCAAAGCACCACUGGUCUACAGGAGAGACAAGAAACAGGCGCUGACCAAUGGAAGCUCUGAGAAUGAGCCAGAAGUAGGGCCUCUCUUCUCUGCACUCCACUUAAGUGUCCUACAGGUCUUAAUGCUUUUGCCCACCAUACUCAACGAGAAGGGGCUUUUUGGUCGCCUGGCACUGCUUCAGAUGGAGUCCUUGGCUGCUCUGACAUCUGAUCUUUCCCGACUUUUGGACCAGGCUGACAAACACACGCACACGUCCUCCGCUGAUACACUUGCACUGUCCCAGCUGGCCCUCGACCGGCUGGCCCAAGCCCUGCAGGUGGCCAUGGCCAGCGGAGCCCUGCUCUGCUCAAGAGAGGACCUGAGGGCCAUCUGUUCCCGACUCCCCCACAACAAUCUGCUCCAGUUGGUGCUGUCUGGCCCGGUGAUGUACUACAACAACAUCCACACACCUCCGCUGGCCUAUAGUCCUCACGCCGCUCAUUCACCCAUCGCCCCACACCCCACACUCCCUGCACUCCCCACACACCGCGCGCACACCCCGCACGCGCCACUUGCCCCACACCCUUCCUCUCACCCUCAGUACCCAGCUCAGCCUUUUAUGACAGGGAUGCCGUUCCCCUUCCGACCCAGCCACUGAGAGAAAAAUCCCUCAAACCGCUGGCAGAUGUGAACGUGCGUGUGGACGUUUGGUAGUAUGAAGUGAGUGUUUGUGUGCGUGGAUUAAUAUGUGUGUUUGUGUAACUAGGGUGUAUUGUCUGAUGUUAUUAGCACGUUUGCUUGUGAGAAAGUCUGUGAGGCUUACAUGUUUGUCCAAUAAAUAUUUUUUUACUUCCA